AAAGCAGACUUAAAAGAGCAAACCUACACAGCUCACUUCCUAGAGGCUGGUCAGGUAAAGCACGCAUGCAAACUGCCGAGCGUCUCUCUUCUCACUCGCAGCGCUUCCUUGGAUGGGACCGGUGCGCGCAACUUGGCUCUGUGGAGGUACACGAGAAGGUGAUGUCGUAAAGUGUUAGUGUCGUAAACCAGGUGCGGAUAAGGGGAGGUGAAGGGGAGGGAGGACACGGAGGGGGGAGAAGGGGUGAGAGAGGAGGUGACUCUCCGGCAGCAUUUAGACACAACGAAAGGAUCAUGGCGGAUGGCCCCAGGUGUAAGCGCAGAAAGCAGGCGAACCCGAGGAGGAACAACGUGACCAACUACAAUAAUGUGGUGGAAGCUGGCACAGACUCCGACGAUGAGGACAAGUUGCACAUCGUGGAGGAGGAAGGCAGCCUGGCGGACGGGGCGGACUGCGACAGCACCCUACCAGACGACGAGCACCCCAGGGAGCAUUGGGAUCGAGUGAAAGAAGACUGCGCGUCAGACGGGGAGGACGACGUGAGCACAGACGCCUUGGUGGAGGAGAUGCUUCAACAAGGGGAUACGGCCGUCAUUUACCCAGAAGCCCCGGAGGAGGAGACGCAACGCCACGGCACCCCUGACGCCAGCAUUCACGAUGAAAACGGAACUCCUGAUUCCUUCUCUCAGCUGCUCACCUGCCCCUAUUGUUCACGGGGCUACAAGCGUUACAGCUCCCUGAAGGAGCACAUCAAGUAUCGGCACGAGAAGACCGAGGAAUGCUUCAGCUGCCCCGAGUGCAGCUACACUUUUGCACAUCGCGCACAACUGGAGAGACACAUGACGGCCCACAAGCCAGGAAGAGACCAGAGACACAUCACACAGUCGGGAGGCAAUCGCAAAUUCAAGUGCACUGAAUGUGGCAAAGCGUUUAAGUAUAAGCACCAUCUCAAGGAGCACCUACGCAUUCACAGUGGCGAAAAACCCUACGAGUGUUCCAACUGCAAGAAGCGCUUCUCUCAUUCGGGCUCGUACAGCUCGCACAUCAGCAGCAAAAAGUGCAUCAGCCUCAUCUCGGUCAACGGCAGACAGCGACCGGGCAACAACAAAAACCAGACCCAGGUUCAAACUCCCAUCCUUCCCACGUCACCCUCUGUCCUCCGCACGCAAAUACGAGAAAAGCUGGAGCACAGUAAGCCACUGCAGGAACAGCUGCCCCUGAACCAGAUCAAAAGUGAGCCUAUGGACUAUGAAUACAAACCCACGGUGAUGACCUCUAUGGCUGGUGUGAAUGGCGGAGUUUACAGCGGAGGGGCUGCGGCUCCUCUGCAGGGCACAGUGCAAGCUGUCGUCUUGCCCACUGUGGGAUUGAUGUCGCCCAUCAGCAUCAACAUAGCCGACCUGCAGAACGCUCUGAAAGUGGCCGUGGACGGGAACGUCAUCCGCCAAGUCCUGGAAAGCAACGCCAAAGGCCAGGGUCAGGCCAGCUUGGGGUUAACCACUGGAACGCUCCACCCCUCCCAACAGCAGCUCAUCUCAGCCAUCAGUUUGCCAAUCGUCGGUCAGGAUGGAAAUGCAAAAAUCAUUAUUAACUACAAUUAUGACCCAAGCCAGGGCCAGCUCACGGCGCAAAACCUUAAGAAGGAGCAUGAGCCCUUCUCCACUGCUCAGCCAAGCACAGAGUCUUUCAAGUGUCAGAAACUCCCCGAAGACCUGACCAUCAGGAGCACGAGGACCACUGAUCCAAAAGAAGAGGAUAAAACCACUAAAACUUGUCUCCUGUGUGAUAAUUGUCCCGCUGGACUGGAAGGUCUUCAUGCCCUCAAACACUGCAAGAAAGAAAGUCUCAGACUCAAUGGAGAGUCCGCUGUUGCUGCCCUGCUUUCAGAGGGAGGACUUUCCAACCAGCCCAAAAACCUCUUGUCCCUGCUCAAGGCCUACUUUGCCUUAAACGCAGAGCCCACCAAGGACGAGCUGGCCAAGAUCUCCGAUUCAGUCAGCCUACCACUUCACGUUGUGAAAAAGUGGUUCGACAAAAUGCAGGAGGGUCAAAUCUCCCUCGGUGCCCCAACACCACCUUCGGAGGAAGAGGACGCCUGUGAUAGUAACAACGUGGUCUCGCUGAUCCAGGGGAAGGCCUCCAUGAGUCCUUCUCUGACCCAGGACAGUCCAACAGAAGCUACCCCGGCGGAGAUCAACGGCACCCACAGCUCUCCGGCCUCUCCUUUACCACUAAACCUGAGGGGGGAUGGUCUCUUUCAAGACCGGCCCCCUCAUAGCACUGAUGCACCACUAGACCUGUCCCUGCCAAAGCCCGACAAAGAGGAAACUGAAGCUGUGCUUGCCAAACCCCGCAAUCACCCCUCGCCUUCCUCCGUCCGUACCAACCUGGACGAACCUUUGAACUUAACUUGCACAAAGAAAGAUGCGUCGCCACUCUCAUGCCUGGGCUCCAGCCCUGUCGCGCUGUACGCCAGCCCGCCAAGUGCCAAACCUCUCAAUAUCGUGACCACUCAACUCCCCACGCUGGUGGCCAUUGCCGACCGGGGUCGUAUGCAAUGUCUAAGGGCGCUUAGCACCAACAACAAGCAGACUAUCCUGAUCCCUCAGCUGGCUUAUACUUACACCACUACGGCUAACAGCCCGGCUGGAACGGAGACCCAGGAAACCAUCCACCUCAAUGGAAUUAAGGAAGAGAAGCAGGACACAAGCUCGGAGGGCAUGUCCGCUAUGGAGGAACACAACGACUCGGACUCGGGCCCUCUGCGCAAGAAGAUGAAGAAGACGGACAGCGGCAUGUACGCCUGUGACCUGUGUGACAAGAUCUUCCAGAAAAGCAGCUCGCUGCUCAGACACAAAUAUGAGCACACAGGGAAACGACCACACGAGUGCAGCAUUUGCACCAAGGCUUUCAAACACAAACACCACUUAAUCGAACACAUGCGCCUCCACUCGGGGGAGAAACCCUACCAGUGCGACAAGUGCGGCAAACGCUUCUCCCACUCGGGCUCGUACUCCCAGCACAUGAACCAUCGCUACUCCUACUGCAAGAAGGAGUCUCAAAGUCAAGGCGGAGGAGGCAGGGACAGCCCGGAGGAGGACGCCCUGAGCCGGGUGCGGGUUUCGCACCUCGCUCCCUUCCAGAUGGACUCGGACGAGCGAGGGAGCAGCACCAGAGAGGACGAGGAAAGCGAAGAGUUUGAGGAGGAGGAGGAGGAAGGCGCCGUGGACAUGGAUGACAUCCAGGUGGUGCAGAUAGGGGACGAAGGCGGGGACGAGGACAACAACGAAGCGGAGGAGAAGGCGGCCGGGAUGGAGGAGGAAGCCGACACGAGACAAGACGAGGAAGAAAAGGCCGUGGAUGGAGAGCAAGGCGUGACACGGGAGCGAGAUGAAGAGGAGGUCGUGGGAGAGAGCAGGGGAGAUGCGGCUUGUGAAGAAGAUGAAAGCCAAGAGAAAGGAGAUAGUGACUAAAAGACCAGAGGAGCAGCUCCUGCUCAAUCGUGACAGCUCGCUUCAGUUCACUACUGUGUAGAAAUCCAGGUGUGCCUGAAAAUUCAAAAUAAUUAAAAAAAAAAUACGAGUGACUUUUCCACAGGACGAAAACGAUUUCUCAAAUCCAUUUGUAAAGAGAAAAAUAUGAAUGCAAAUUUUACUAAAGGAAGGAAAUGCAUUAUACAGACUUUGGAAGCUAGAGCCGACAAGUUUUAGAUAAUGUUUUAUUACUAAAACACCUUGGUUCAUUUUUUUUUUUUGUCAGUGUUACUAAUUUUGCCACUCAUAUGUUAACCCUUAAAUGCUGUACAGUUGGGAGAUAUUUCUAUACCUUUGUAUUGCCAAUGAACAUAAAAGAAAGUCAGUAUUUUAUUAAGUUGGAAGGAAAAUCCUGUGCACUACAAGUUGCUUGGUUUACGUGAGGAUCGAGCAGUUCAAUUGUGUUUUCUACCCUUCAGUAUUAGCGCACUAGAGAUGCCGCCGCAACGACGUCACGCUUAUUUUGGGUUGUGCUGUUACUCGGAUCAAAUUGUGAGCCUUAAGAAUAAAAAUUAAAAUCGGCGGAAUGACGGGUCUUUAUAGCCAUUUAGAUUUUUCUGGUCUUUUUUUUUUUUUUUUAUAUACCAAUCAUUUGACAUUUUGGGGGGAAAAAAAAAAGCUGAUUCACUUUAUUACAUUUAUUCACAGUUUAAAUCCAGAAAAAUAGAACCAGGACACAAUUGGAAUUCGUCAUAUUAGCAUAAAUUAGUUAAAUUAAGUCACAAUACUGUUUUUAUUUUUGUUUUCUCAGCAUCAUAAACCUGCCAAUGUGGAGCAAUUUUUUUUUUGACCAGCUAAAUCAUUGGAACAGAUACGCAUGUUUUUGAAAUACCAACGUUUGCCUGUCAAAAAUGUUAACUCAACAUUGGCAGGUUCACGACAAAAUUAAAAAAUGAAGCGGUACGCAUCCAAAACAUACAAAUGGUUCUUUUUUUUUUUUUUUUCUGGUAUUAAAAUGUUUUUUUUCUAGUGCGGUGAGGCAUAGAGUGAAUGGCAUUUUCCCAAAAUGUCAAACAUGAUAUAAAUGGUUAGAAGCUAGCAAAAAAAAGCAAUGUAUUUUUUUCCCUCACAAACGCAUACACACACCACCACACUUUCUGAGCCUUAUGCAAAAAUGAAACAAGAAAAAGAGAAAGAUGCAUAUUAAAAGUGCCAUUAUUGUAUGGAAGCUUAGCAGCUAAGCAGGUCCCAGAUCCGCCAGAGUUCUACAUUGAUACAUAAUACAACUGUUGCAUCAUUUUGAAAGUGUAUUUGUAGUUGGAAGCAAGAAUUAGCACACAACUUGUAAUUGUUUUAAUUGUGUGCAGCCUUCUUUAAGCUUGUUCAGUGCACUUGUUUAACACAAAAUGUCUCUUCAGGUAAUGUAGGCAAAUUCCAGGAGUUUUAUUCAACAACAUGUCAGUAUUAUUUUUGGCCUGCUUUUUUUUUUUUUUUGUUCUUCUUCCAAUUCCUGUGUUUGUACUGUAUGUUCAGCAGUUGCAGUAUUAUUGCCCCUUCCCCAAAAAGAGAUGGGUUCGUCUGUUUAGUCAUAGAGAACUUUUAUAUUUAUGUGUCUUAUUUUUUUAUAUUUCUUUAUGGUUUAUUUAUUACACUAUGUAGUGUACAAUACUGUAGUUUGUAUUAAUACGAUAAUAUAUUUUAGUAAGGAUUUAAAAAAAAAAAAAGGCAACAUAACUACAAGCCCUGAAACAAAUGAGACUCCGGCAUACUGAAGUAUGGUUUUUGUUUUUUUCUCCAACAAACCACCCCUCCAAGCCUGAAAAAUUGGAACCUGUGACCUCUUUGCAUCCAUGCUCAUGUUACUUUAGUUUUCCUUACUUUAUAUGAAGCUACUGAACUUUUUUUUUUUGAACAAAUAAUUGUAUGUCUAAUAGCAUGAGUGUGCUGUUGUAUUGAAGGAUGAACCGUAACCACCUAAACUGUCCUAUUUGCCAAGCCAAAAUAAUAUUCUUCCUAUGCUUUUCUUUUUGUGCCAACAUGUUACUUUCCAUGUCAUUGUCAAGACCAUGCCACUUUUAUAACCCCCCCCUUUUAACACCUCAUCUUUUUUUUAUUGUGAUUGUUUUUCUUCCUUUCUUUUUCUUUUUUAUGACUUCCCAUCUCACAAUAAAAUACACCAAAUACAAA